AUGUGUAUAAUUCUUACAUUACGUACUGAUUUUGGAUUAUGUAAGCAAGUAUCUCAAAAUUCAAACACUGAGAAGAUCUUUGGUGUAAUUCCUUAUAUUGAUCUAGAGGUAUUAUAUACGGGCGGAAAAGAGAAUACUGAAAAAUCAGAUAUUUAUUCUUUUGGGAUUAUUAUGUCAGAAUUUUUUACUGAUGUCACGGGAGAUUUCAACAAGCCAAAAUUACUAGACAUUGCACUGUCAAAUAAUAAUGCAUCUUCAUCUUCAUGUAAAGUUGUUUGA